AUGCUCUGCGGACCCGUUCACGACAAUCUCUCGUCCUUGAUUGUAGCCCAACUACUCUUUCUAGAAGCAGAGGAGUCGACUCGCCCAAUUCAUCUUUACAUAAACUCGCCGGGAGGAAGUGUGACCGCAGGAAUGGGGAUAUACGAUACCAUGCAGUAUGUCUCAUCGCCGAUCCACACGUACUGCGUUGGCCAAGCAGCCAGUAUGGGAAGCUUGCUUCUUGCUGCUGAGCCGUCUGGAGGGGCCUCUGGUCAAGCAUCUGAUAUCUCCAUUCAUGCAAAGGAGAUACUACGAAUACGGGAAAAGCUUACCAGUAUCUACCAAAAGCACUGUGGAAAGGAGGGCGAAUCCGUAGAAGAUGGAGUCAAGCGCUUCGAGAAGGCGUUGGAUAGAGACUACUUCCUGACUGCGGAAGCGGCCGUGGAGUUUGGCCUUGCAGAUACGAUCCUAGAGAAGAGGCCACUGGUCACAGAUGGAACGGGAGACCUAGAGAAAAAAAGUGUAUAG